UAUAUGGACCCAGUUCAAAGAGGAAAGAACCCUAGGCUCGUCGCUCGUCUCUGAAAGACCCUACAACUCGAAUAUGCCGUUCAAGAGGUACGUCGAGAUCGGGAGGGUCGCUCUUGUAAACUACGGCGAAGACUAUGGAAAGCUCGUUGUCAUUGUCGAUGUCAUUGACCAGAACAGAGCUUUGGUAGAUGCUCCUGAUAUGGUCAGGUCUCAGAUGAACUUCAAGAGACUUUCUCUUACUGACAUAAAAAUUGACAUUAAGAGAGUUCCUAGGAAGAAGGAACUCAUUGAAGCUAUGAAGGGUGCAGAUGUUCAAAAAAAGUGGGAGGAUAGCUCUUGGGGGAGAAAACUGCUUGUCAAGAAAAGGAGGGCAGCUCUUAAUGAUUUUGAUAGGUUCAAGCUAAUGUUGGCCAAGAUAAAGAGAGGUGGAUUGGUCAGGCAAGAGCUUGCAAAACUGAAAAAGAGUGAAGCUUAGAGUAAUCGCAUUUCUUCUGUAGCUUCAAAUUUUGUUAGAGAACAAUUUAUGAGGUGUGGAUUGUUAUCCCUUUUGUUCCUCCAGCCCUUGAGAGUUGGGGGUGUAUCUCAAGUACAUGAGAGUUUAGUGAGUUUUUAUACAGAGUUGGGUUAAUCCCAAUGUGCCAGCAUUAGUCGAAUUUAAUUAAUAUAUAUAUUGUUAGGAAUCACGGCUUUUCA